AUGGUGGUGGAAUACACCAGUAGAGACGGCAGACCGUUUGACACUUUUAGAAGCGAGAGAACAACUGGUCAAUGCGGUCUGUGAAACCUCGGCUGAUUUACUAAUCGGAUGAAAUGGACAAUCAUUCACCGGGCGGAAUUCGCGCAUUUUGAAGUGGAAGCCUUGAACUGGAAUAAUGUUAACUAGGCGAUAUAUGCUAUAGCGGAAUGCUGAAGAAUGCGUUCUCCUACGUCUGCAAAAAAGAAGCGGACAGCGGCACUGUUAACCUAUUUCAACGACUAAACUGUCUGUCAACCGACUACUGCGUGCUUCUGCACCAAUAAGACUUCAUUCUUUACUUCAUUCUCCUGACGUCCCGUAGGAUCGGCCCAGGGACACCAAGAAAACCCGGGGCUCAGGCUGUGGCCUGGGGAGAUAGCCUUCACUGAUCUUCUGAAACAGGAACAGUGCCGUUUUGUUUCCUCGAAAGCUGCUUUCGAGAGGGAGGAGAGGCUUCUGUUUGGAGUUCUUGCCUGGUUAUUGUUUUCUGCUUCUCCAAACAAUGGCGUCCUACGUGGAUAACAGCUUUCGCCAGGCGGUAAUGAUGAAUCCCGCUGAACGGACGCAACAGGACUUGGAGAUUGUGUAUUCAUAUCUACACGGCAUGGAGGCACUGUCUAAUUUAAGGGAGCAUCAGCUGAGGAUGAUGUGUGAAACAGUGCGCUAUGAAAGACAUGAAGCAAAUGAAGUGCUCUACUAUCCGGAUGAUAUUGGCAGCUGCUGGUACAUUUUGCUCUCUGGAUCUGUGUUCAUCAAAGAGUCCAUGUUCCUGCCUAGAUCCAGUUUUGGGAAGCGUUCCGCAGGAAGCUUGCGUCGUGGAUGUGAGUGCAUCGUUCUGGAGCCAUCCGAAAUGAUUGUGGUGGACUAUAUGGAUGAGAAUGAGGAGUAUUUCCAGCGACAGGCAUCACACAGACAGUCCCGCCGGAGGUUCCGCAAGAUCAACCAGAAGGGCGAGCGGCAGACCAUCAUCGACACCGUGGACCCGUACCCUGCAAGCAAGCCACCAGUAGCCCGCGGAUACCACACGGAAUGCGUUAAAGCUCAGCUUCCAGCGGACUUCAGCCGGCUGCAUCUGGCUGACGGGAUCCAUCCCCAGGUGACCCACGUCUCCUCCAGUCUCUCAGGAUGUAGCAUUACCAGCGACUCCGGGAGCAGCAGCCUGUCCGACAUCUAUCAGGCCACAGAAAGCGAACCUGGCGACAUGGACCUCAGUGGCCUGCCCGAGACGGCCGUCGACUCGGAGGAGGAUGAUGAUGAAGAAGACAUCGAGCGUGCCUCUGACCCCCUCAUGAGUCGAGACAUCGUCCGCGACUGCCUAGAGAAGGAUCCCAUGGACCGCACGGAUGACGACAUCGAGCAACUGCUGGAGUUCAUGCAUCAGCUGCCAGCCUUUGCCAACAUGACCAUGUCAGUCAGGAGAGAGCUGUGCGCUGUCAUGGUCUUUGCCGUGGUGGAGCGUGCCGGAACCAUCGUCCUCAAUGACGGCGAGGAGCUGGAUUCGUGGUCGGUGAUCCUGAACGGCUCAGUGGAGGUGACCUACCCGGAGGGCCGCACCGAGAUCCUCUGCAUGGGAAACAGCUUUGGCGUCUCGCCCACCAUGGAGAAGGAGUACAUGAGGGGAGUGAUGAAGACCAAGGUAGAUGACUGUCAGUUUGUGUGUAUAGCACAGCAGGACUACUGCUGCAUCCUGAACCAGGUGGAGAAGAACAUGCAGAAAGUGGAGGAGGAGGGGGAAAUUGUCAUGGUGAAAGAGCACCGCGAGCUUGACCGCACUGGCACCCGAAAAGGGCACAUUGUCAUCAAGGGCACAACAGAGCGCCUGACCAUGCACCUGGUGGAGGAGCACUCGGUCGUGGACCCCACCUACAUUGAGGACUUCCUGCUUACCUAUCGCACCUUCCUGUCCAGCCCUAUGGUGGUGGGCAGGAAACUGCUGGAGUGGUUCCACGACCCCAGCCUCAGGGACAAGGUUACACGGGUAGUCUUGCUGUGGGUGAACAAUCACUUCAACGACUUUGAGGGUGACCCCGAAAUGACGCACUUUCUUGAAGAAUUUGAGAAUAAUCUGGAGAGAGAGAAAAUGUGCGGACACCUAAGACUGUUAAACAUAGCGUGUGCUGCCAAGGCCAAGCUGCGGGUGGUGACGCUGACGAAACCCUCGAGGGAGGCGCCGCUGGCCUUCACCCUGCUCGGCGGCUCUGAGAAGGGCUUCCGCAUCUUCGUGGAGAGCGUGGAGCCCGGCAGCAAGGCUGCAGAGGCAGGCCUCAGGCGUGGAGAUCAGAUCCUAGAGGUGAAUGGGCAGAACUUUGAGAAUGUGCAGCUGUCUAAAGCCAAUGAGAUCCUGCGGAACAACACACACCUGUCCAUUACUGUGAAAACUAACCUUUUGGUGUUUAAAGAGCUUCUGGCCCGGCCUGAGCAUGACCCAGAGCAUGACCAGGAGGAGGAACUUGACAGAAAAAACGGAGCUCCCCACAUCCCCAAGAUUGGCGACAUUAAGAAAGCCAGUCGCUAUUCCAUCCCCGACCUGGCCGUGGACGUGGAGCAGGUCAUGAGCCUGGAGAAAGUCAGCAAGAAGGCCAAGGCCAACACAGUGGGUGGCAGGAACAAACUGAAGAAGAUCUUUGACAAAACUCUCACCAGUAUUUUACCACCCAAGCCAUACAAUGAUGUUGGCGUAGGCCAGUCCCAGGAUGACAGCAUUGUGGGACUGAAGCAGUCUAAGCAGAUCCCCCCUGCCCUCCCGGUCAGUGGAAACCUGUCGUCCAGCAACCCCGACCUGCUGCAGUCUCACCAUCGCAUCCUGGACUUCAACAACCAACCGGAGCUGGUCCCCAUAAACAUGUCGGACCAGGUGUUGCGCGUCUUCAAAGCCGACCAGCAGAGUCGCUACAUCAUGAUUGGGAAGGACACCACGGCCAAGGAGGUAGUGGCCCAGGCUAUCCGGGAGUUUGCCCUGACUGCCGCCCCCGAAGCUUAUUCGCUCUGCGAGGUGUCUGUCACACCUGAGGGCGUGAUCAAGCAACGCAGGCUUCCUGAGCAGCUCUCCAAACUGGCAGACAGGAUACAGCUCAGUGGCAGGUACUACCUUAAGAGCAACAUGGAGACAGAGACGCUGUGCUCGGACGAGGACGCACAAGAGCUGCUGCGCGAGAGCCAGAUCGGCCUGCUGCAGCUCAGCACGGUGGAGGUCGCCGCCCAGCUCUCCAUGCGUGCCUUUGAGCUCUUCUGCGCUAUUGAGCCCACCGAGUACAUCGAUGACCUGUUCAAGCUGCGCCCGCGGCCCGCCAGCCCCUCCAGCCUCAAGCGCUUUGAGGAGGCCAUCAACCGUGAGACGUUUUGGGUGGCUACCGAGGUGGUGCGUGAGCCCAACCAGCUCAAGCGCAUGAAGAUCAUCAAGCACUUCAUCAAGAUCGCCCUGCAUUGCCGCGAGUGCAAGAACUUCAACUCUAUGUUCGCCAUCAUCAGUGGUCUGAAUCUGGCGCCAGUGUCCAGGUUGAGGGGCACAUGGGAGAAACUGCCGAGCAAAUAUGAGAAACUCUUCAGUGACCUGCAGGACCUGUUUGACCCAUCCAGAAAUAUGGCCAAGUACCGGAACGUUCUGAACAGCCAGAACCUGCAGCCGCCAAUCAUCCCCCUUUUUCCUGUCAUCAAGAAAGACCUCACCUUUCUCCACGAGGGCAACGACUCGAAGGUGGAUGGGUUGGUGAACUUUGAGAAGCUGCGGAUGAUUGCGAAGGAGAUCAGGCAUGUGGGGAGGAUGGCGGCAGUGAACAUGGACCCCGCGCUUAUGUUCCGCACCAGGAAGAAGAAAUGGAGGAGUUUGGGAUCACUGAGCCAGGGCAGUGCCAACGCGGCAGUGCUGGAUGUCACCCAGACAGGUGGGCAUAAGAAGAGGGUGAGGCGGAGUUCCUUCCUUAAUGCCAAGAAGUUGUACGAGGAUGCGCAGAUGGCCCGCAAGGUGAAGCAGUACCUGGCCAACCUCACACUGGAGACCAAUGAGGAGAGUCUGCAGACACUAUCCAUACAGUGUGAAGCAUCCAUAAACACACUACCUAAGAGUUCAGGGGACAGGAAGAGGCCGGACACGUCGCCUGUGGUGGCGCGGGCCGCCGCCCACCAGCGCCAGCAGCUGCAGAAGCCCAACCAGGCGCUGCAGGUGCCGGCCGUCGCCCUCUACCCCUCCCGCAAGAAGGUUCCUGUCAAAGACCUGCCCCCCUUUGGCACUAGUUCUCCGCAGUCCCUGAAGAAGAUCCUGUCUCUGUCGGAGGAGGCGAGUGAACGACACAGGAAGCAGGCUGACGACGCCAUCUCCAGUGCCUCGUCUCAGCAUUCCUCUCCGCCCACGUCUCCACGGAGCUCUCCCAAGAAAGGUUUGGGUCGUGCAGCCGACAGCCUCUCUGACUCGGGCCACAGCGAGAUCUCCUCACGCUCCAGCCUAGUCAGCACCUCCUCCCUGGACAUUGGACCUGACGAGCGACGGCACCGCUUCGGGGGAGGGGCCGCCGAUGGUCAUGGUGGGGUUCACCGACUAGAGCGUAGGGCUACGGCUGACCCGGACCAAUACAGCCUGGGGUCAUACUCGUCCAUGCAGGACUGCCGCAGCAUGUAUGCGGGGGCGACUGUGCUCUCGUCACCCAGCUCGGAGGAGCUCACGCAGGACCAGGGCGAUCGUGUCUCCUUGGACGCUGCCGACUCGGGACGCGGCAGCUGGACGUCCUGCUCAAGCGGCUCACAUGAUAACAUCCAGACCAUGCAGCAGGGGCGGAGCUGGGAGGCCCUUGCCGAGGGGGCGGGGCUGUGGGCGGGCCGAGGCAGUUGGGCAUCAGCUUGCUCAGCCUCAUCCUCGCCGGCGGCAUGCUGGGGUGAGGACUCCGAGGGUGACACAGGCACCAUAAAGCGGCGGGGCGGGAAAGACGUUAGCGCCGAUGCAGAUACCAGCAGCAUCACUUCCACCGGCUCUGAGGAGUCCAAGCAGCACAGCAGACGGCCCUCGCCCAUCACCGCUGGCAACGCCAAGGGCGUACUCACACGGAAAGAUGGCCGUUACCGGGACCCCCCACCCACGCCGCCAGGCUACACGGCGUUGACCAUCUCGGACGUGACGGAGGGGGCGUCACACACAGGCCGUAGGCCCCCAGACUACACCACAGCCCUGCAGCGCUCGCGCCUGGUCACCCACUCGCCUGAUGCACAGCAGCCACCCUCGGCGGGCAAGUCCGAGCAGCUGGAAGCACGCGGCAUGGCCGACGAUGAGGCCAACGAGAUGGAAGAGGAGGAGGAUGAACAGGUUUCAGCUGUUUGAAGGGAAGGACACUCUACUGCUGGACACUUGUGGCAGCGACUGAAGUCUAAUAAGAGUCUUCAGGGGCAGGCAGACUGCCAGAGCAACCAAUCUUCAUCUGAAUGGCACUACCUGCCCCUCUCCUCAUUGGUGGAUUCAUCUCCCUUCCCUGCCUUAAAUCAUCGCAAAGGGUUUUGCUGCCCUGCAAACUAAAAUACUGUGAAAAAAAGGAGGAGAAAGAUGGAUAAAAAAAAAAGAACAGAUGAAAAGCAACUUACAUGGCACUUUGGAAAACCUAUUUAGCUUAAAGUACAAAAAAGGACUCAAACAUGAACUUGAAAAUGAACACAGCGGUGCGACAUUCACACUAAGACGAAACUGCCAUUGACGGUCAGUGACAGACACCACCCCACCACCUCACCCAACCCCCCAAAAAGGAAAAAAAAAAUAGAGCCAAAAAUCCUUUUAUUUCCACCUGCACUUUUUUAAAGCUCCCUUUUGUAAGAUGAGAGCAAAAUGCGCAUGGUCUUCUCUUUGGGACAAGAAUGAGAACAUGUGAAGGGGAGGCAUUCAAACCUUUUCAGACUCCAAUAAUCUCUCUGUCCCUCCUACUCCUCACAACACUCAGAACUGUGCAAGGCACUGUUGCAGUAUUAUUUGAGCAGGUGAUUGAGAGAAGGAAAUAAUCUUCCUGCACUAACGGACCCCAGGAGCAAGGAAGGAAGCUAGGACACUGCCUAUGGGCACGCCCCUGUCUACCCAGCACACUUCUCCACUUCUUAGGGCCCUUGUCGGGAGCGAUAUAGGGAGCAAUACACCUGCGCCUUUUACCUAUUGUCUGUUCCCAGGUUGGAGUAGAGCCUACAACUUUGCUUGGAUGAUCUCAGAAAGCAUGCUUUUUUUUUUAAAGGCAAGACUUCUGGAGUUGUCUUGUUCUUGAAUCUCAGUCCUGAGGUUUUGUUUUGACCUACUCCCACUACCGUCACUUGGGAAGAAAACAUGAGCAGUUCCACAGAUGUUAGAAAUAGUUUUGCAAGGCUAUUCCUUAUAGUUGCAGAGGGCUCAGUCAGCGAUCUCCUUUGGAGUUUGCUUAGGUGCAGACUCCAGCUGGCACACCUUUGAUGAUCUCCAGUCCUUCAUUGUAGUCUUUAAAGAUGGGAGGUUAUGAGAUGUUCAUCUAGCUCUUCCAUGCUAAAGUCAGGCUGUGUCUUCUCCAUUGAUCAUAUGGGUGGAAUACCAUGCUGAAGCUCUCUCACUCAACGGACAGCAAGAGAGAGGCGUGAGAACUGUGACUGGACAGAAGACUAAAUUAUUCUAUCAAGUGCUAUACGUAUUUGAACAAAAGCUUUCUCUGAGUUUAGGCUGCUCAAAAUAUUCCCAGGAACCCAGUAUAUCUCAUUUAGCAGGCCACACGUGGUCAUUUUGCAGGUGAAGCACUGGAUCCUCCCCCAUGUCACUGUACCCAUUUUCAUGAAAUGACAAAUACAACAGACAUCACUGUCCUGUACUGUUGUGUGUGGGACAAGCUGUCAGUGUACAGUCAAGAUGAAGGUUUGUCCAGCCAGCCAAGGCAAGGCCAGACCGGGUGCUCUUUCCUGACAUGAACCAUUCUCGACUGUCGUGUGUUGUGAGAUGUUCAUGGCUGAGGUAUGCUGGCUUUUUGUGGUGCUAUGUAGGCCUUAUGAGGGCUUAAGUCAUGCUUGUGUCGCACUCUACAAAUGGAAGUGGUCUUAUGCAGACUGCACAGCAGAUGAAUGGACCUUCCCAAGAAAAAGAUGCUUCUAAGACUCCGGUGCGGAAGGAUGUCACUAACUGACCUGAAGGCUGCCAAGCUAAGCAGAACUCAACUGUUGAGAACAAGUCACUUUUAUUGUUCCUUUUUAUCACUGAGUUAAACUGAUCACAUUGAUCAGUAUUUAGACAUGACAGACUUUGAGGGAGAAAAAAGAUUGCAGUGUUUUCCACUGUAGCCUGUAAUAUCACUUCAAUGUUUCUUUCUCGUCUUGCUGUAAUUUUCCUUUGUUUUUUGUAACGGUUGCAGUCGUAAAACAAAAUGCCACAUACAAAAAAAAAAAAAACAACAAAAAAAUAAAUAAACAUUUGUAAACCAGUGGUUAUAUAAAUCAUUCACUUCCAUUUGAAUUUUUGGAACUAGACAUGCUUUUUUGGCAAGCUGAGUGGAGUCCUAUUUCGAAAAAUAAGUUGCACAAAAUGUACAAACAUAAGAUAAACUGUAGUAGGUAGCGCUGCUACUUUGUUUGAUGUGUGAUGUCAAGUGAGAAGUGUACAUUUAGCUGGUGAAGAUUCUCUCAUUCUUGACUACUUUUACCUGUACGUCUUUUACAAAGACAAUUGGUGGAGUAUGUAUUGGUUGUUAUUUUCUGUCUUUCUUUCUUUUUGUAUUUUUAAUACAAUAAUUGUAAAUAUUGGUUAUAUUUUUGUUGAAUUGUAGAAAAGUACUAUGUUUAUGCCUCAACAUCCAGUUUAUAUGAAGCUGGGAAUCAAUAAAUGCGAAAAAAGGAAUCAACA